AUGGCCGACUACAUCCUCCGCAUACCAUCGCCGACGGGCAGGGAUCCCUCGAAACUAGGCUCAACAGCCGGCGACUCGUCAAUCGGAAACGACCAAUGGCUAUGGACACCCCAGACGGUGUACGAGACGCCGUCGAAGAAGCUGGGGAUGCGAUGGGCUGAAGAGGUCCAUCAACGCGCUCGGGCGGUCAACUGGAUCGUCAGGAUAUCGAUUGCCCUCCAGCUACCCCAGCUGAUCAUCGCCACCGCGGCCGCCUAUGUCCAUCGUUUCUACAUGAGGAAGCCACUCCAGAAAUAUUCCCCCAAGAUGAUCAGCGCAACCGCCCUCUUCCUGGCCACCAAAGUGGAGGAAGUACCCCGGAAGCUCGAGCACGUCAUUCGCGAGUACCUGUCCGUCGACGAGGACGGUAACGAACGGGCUGGCCCGAUCAGUGAUUCUUCAAACGUAACGUCAAACAUAUCCCGCAUACAUAUACCCCAUCCCUUGCUCUCCCCCUCCAAGACGAAUUGUCGUGAGCCUGUCUAA